UAACAUGAGAAACAUCUUGGAAGUAUAAUUUGUAUGAUACAUAAGGCUCCGGUUUUAUGUAAAUAUUUUAGCAGUAAUAAUAUAGUAAAAUAAGUUGAAACAGGAAUAUGCCGCCCGUAGCAGGAAAAUGACGGCCAUAGCAAAAAAAUGACGUCGCUUUUUUAAUUGUUUGGAGAAAAUAACCACGUGUUACGAAACAACAAUGGUAAUUUUACUGUCACGCUAUAUUUAUAUGUGUUACAUGAAUAAAAAAACAGUGUGGAGUAUUUUUGUUACCAGUUAUGAUAUUGACGACCGACCGGUCUGGCUUAGUGGGUAGUGACCCUACCUAUAAAACCGAUGGUCCCGGGCUCAAAUCCUGGUAAGGGCAUUUAUUCGUGUUAUGAGCUAGGAUAUUUAAGUAUUUAUAAUUAUUUAUAUAUUAUAUAUAUCGUUGCCUAAGUACCCUCAACACAAGCCUUAUUGUGCUUACAGUGGGACUUAGUCAAUUUGUGUAAUAUGCCCUAUAAUAUUUAUUUAGUUAUGUAAUAACACCCAGUGUGACACCUAAAUAUCGCACUUUGAAAAUCUUCCCCUUCCAAUGGCAAUGACAUUGUAAUCAAACGCACUUGUGACAGUUACAGCUUCUAUGCCUAUUUUUUAAUUAUAAAUGUAUGUGAUGAACUGAUGAAAUGAGCAAGAAUAUAAAUUCCCGUCCUAUAUAUGGAAUAUUGGAAAUAGGGAUCGGUGACGCAUGUCCUUGGCAAGCUCGACGAAAUAUCAAUGGAAUUUAUUACUCCGGCAACGAUAACCCAGAUAUCGUAACUUGAGCGUAUAAAAAGCGGCAAGUACGGCCUCCCCGGUGGCAGCGGGUAGUACGGUGGGCCCUGUCGGUAUCGUCGCACGUAAGCCCGAUUUACUUCCAAACUUACUUCCACGCACUUCUUUGCACUGUUUUAUUUGUCCAUUAAUAUUUUUAAUGCAUAGAAAAACGUAUUCUGAUAUUUUUUUAUUUCAAUAAUUAUGUUAUGAAUAUGAAGGUACACUGUAGCACUUAGCUUUAAACAAGUUUCGGAGUUCCGUUGCAAAAUUUGGACUUCACAAUAAGUCAAUUAUUCGCCAAAAUGACCAGUUUACCCAACAGUUUAACGUGCAUAAUGCGAUCGAAUAUUCCAACGGAUUACUUUAUUAUUUAAGUACCCAAAAUAUCUACAAAUUAUUGCUUCGUUCUAUAAAAAUAAUAAGUGUAAUUAAUUAGUUAUAGGUCUCAGAUGCGCGAAUGUUUAUUGCGUGUAGAUGUAUACAAACAAACCUAUUAGCUCGGCACCCCUGCAUACACAUUUGUAUCCAGGGGUGCUAAUCUAAUAGUUUUGCCGACUCCAUUAGAAAAAUUAGGUGCUAGAUCAGAGCUUCUGCCCGAGACUUCGUCUGCGUAGAAUUAGUAUAUUCAUGUACCACUUACAUAAUAACAUAAAAUCCACCCCCUUUUUAUGCUAGAAACCAUCACUGGUUUCCGUCUAAAAACUAUCCUUCACGAAAACACAGAAUAUCUCCAUAUGAAAAAUCAUCUAAAUCGAUUCAGCAGUUCAAGCGUGAAGAAGCGCAUUUAUAAUAUGAAUAAUAUGGAUUAAGACGUGACUUUUCGUAACUACCAAUUUAUUUUGUUACAGAUCAUGAAAAAAUGCUACUAAUGAUAGCAAAUUCACAUUUUUGAACUCAUCAUGAGCUUGUUUGUUGAUUUGCGCCAAAUCAAAACAUCCGUAUCUAAUCUGUCGGAGAUGGUGGAUAAAAUAUCUUCGUCGGUCGGCAAAGAAAAACAUAGUGACGCUCGCCCCCGACACGAGGAUUCCGUGCUCUUCGACGAACGCCCGCCUUACAAGCCUCCUUUGGGAUUCGGUGUUCGUUUUUCUCAGAGUCAAGAAGAUGUUUAUAAAAAUAUGCCUUCAUCACGCCUACGUAGUCAUAUGUCACUUCCAAAUUUGGGCAAAGCAAGUGGAGUUUUCGAUAAAACUAACUUGGCUCAUGAGAGUGGCCCUAAAAUACUCGAAUUAGAUGAUAAAGACAUAGAAAAUUCCGCUAAAGCCACCAUACAAACCUUAUCUGAUAAUAUUAAUGAUUGGAUUAUGACCUCUACAUAUAAGAGACCAUAUUUUGAUGAUCAUGGAGACACGCAUCCUAUGGACUUUGUAGAGUACGUAAAGUAUUACAUAUCUGAGCUGAACAUGCCUGAAGAAAAACAACUCACUUUUAUUAUAUCAUGCUUCGAAGGUGUACCUCUUAUGUGGGCUCGCUGUUUCAAAAGUGAAUUCAAAGACAUAGACGACUUCUUCAAGGCGUUCGAAGAAGAAUUUUGGGGAGCUGAUAGGCAAAAGGCUGCCCUGUAUGACAUGAAGUUGGGAAAGUAUGACGAGACUAAUCAACAGAUGCCUAUGUCGGAAUAUUUUUUGCAGAAAGUUUCUAGUUACAGACACCUAAAUCCACCGCCCUCCGAUCUGGAGAUCGUGUACUCAUUGGCAGCCCACUUUCCAUCAGCCGUUGAACUGGAGUUGAGGCUAUCCCCGAAGCCGACGCUACGUGAAGCUUACAGGAUGCUGAGACGCAGAGAGGGCGAAGCGACGGACUUCCUUCCGAAUUACUUGUACGAAAUGUGCGAGGCAUUCCAACGCGGCCAGAGACCGGAGUCGGCGCGUCGCCAGGACGCCGGGCUUGUGGCAAACCAGACAGAAAAACAUUCCUAGAAAAUAUGUAGCAUUUUUUAUAUUAUACCACGCUUUUGUUAAGUUAACUUGACGUUAUGAACAAUCGAUUCUAAUCCAUUUGUGCACUUGAUUAAUGAGGACUACCCGUUUUGUGUUCACCAGACGCCACUAUAGAUGGUGAUACAGAAAAACUCAAAAUUCUGCUAUGCUGAUAAAAAAUAAUAAAUUUAAGCAAAAUAAUUCUUAAAUACGGUGACAUUUCAAACAUUUAUCCGCCAUUUUGUCAUUCUUUGACAAGCUAGGCAUUAGGCACAGACUUAUCCCUCAGCCCUCAUUGCUCGCACCUAGUGCUUACAUUCACUUACCUAUACUCUGUAUUUUUAGGUAUUUCAAUAAAAGUAAACAAUCAAUUUGUACAUUUUCGGGUAGUUCGAUUAUGUUCGGAAAGAGAAGAGUCGUGGAAUGUAUUGGACCCCAAACAUUCCACGACUCUUCUCUUUCAGCACAGACUCUAUAACAUUUAUUGGUUAACCAACCAAAUACAAAACCGCCUGGAUUUGUCACUGAACGACCUGACAUUAUUUGAUCAUGUAAUGUUUUCAUUUAUCCUCAACUGGCUUAAUUUUAAUUAAAUUUAUAAUUUUUAUUUAAACACCGAAAGAUACAGAGUAUAAUAGUAAGGAAAUUAAUGAUGCUCAAUAAAUAGAAUUGAUUAUAAAAUUAAUUGUUUUGUUUUAAUAUUCAUCCAUUAUUAAAAUUCUAAAUACUAUAUUACGAUUUACCUAUUACGCAUUUUACAUAAAAUUAUGUUGAAUUAACGAAUAAUUUACCUCUUCUAAAGUCCGCCCGACGCGAACCUAAAUAUCUCUUUAUCUAUGGCUUGUAAUGGUAGAGACGUGGUGGACCAGUGCGAUGAAAUAUAACCUCCAAGUCAAUUAACAGAUUCCUAUCUACUACCUACUACUAAAGGCUUGCAUUUAACGAACCAGGCUAAUCCUACUAGAGUGUAAUAUGCUCUUUCCGUUUUGAACUGACACAAAUAAUAAAUGUGUGAACCAUUGGCUAAGUACCAUUUUCCUACAUAUUUUUUAUACAAAUCCCAUAGCUAGUAUACACCUAUAAGUAUACCCACCUGUAAGUUACCUUCGUUGAAUUUUAUACCAAUUAGAUAGUAGCUAGCGCUAAUUACCUAAGUUCACCUGCUGCUCUGCCUCCUGCUCAAGCGGGCCUUGCCGUUGCUAGGGCGUUAUACUCGUAAUUUAUAACAAGCGUUUGGUUG